GCUGAGCUUUUUUGCUAGACAUGGGGCGUCCGACUCAUUUGACUCCUUUACAUCCAUCAAAUCACGUGGCCACCACACUUGGUGAUUUGCUCCAUAAACAAAAACUCUGAAUUCCAGUCAUUUCAGAUCUACAGCAUUUUCACUUUCUUUUUUAAUUUUAUUUUCCUUCAAUCCAAUUCCAAACUGCUUUCUCAUUUUGAUUCUUCUUUCAUUGCCUCAUCCACAAACCCUAACUUCAAUCAUCGCCGUCUUUUCACGAAUUUGUAAUAUCUUUAAUCUUAAAAAAAAUCUAAUCCAAAUCCCAGAAUGAAAGAAAGCAAAUCAGUCAAAUUUAAUCUUCAACAGCACCAGAACGGUCACUUGUCUCCCUUCAAAUUCGCCAAGUUGUUGGAUCCAGAUGCAUCUUGGGACAAGGAUCAAUUGGGAGAUGUGUUGCAUUGGAUUCGACAAGUGGUGGCCAUUGUUUGUGGGUUGUUAUGGGGUGCUAUUCCGUUAGUUGGAGGCAUAUGGAUCGUUGUUUUUUUGCUGAUAUCAUCUGGGAUUAUAUAUGGUUAUUAUGCAAUGAUACUAAAGGUUGAUGAAGAAGAUUUUGGUGGCCAUGGAGCUCUCCUCCAAGAGGGGCUUUUUGCCUCAAUAACUCUUUUUCUGUUAGCAUGGAUUCUAGUAUACAGCUUGGCACACUUCUGAUUGGCUCGGAACAAUUGAUUUUGAGUAUGAACAUGUUAGCCUCUAAUACAUAGGAAAUCCUUCAUGAUUCCUGCUCUAUGGUUUGCAUACUUAAUGAUAAGCAAACUCUGAAGCAAUCUAUGUUUCAACGCCUCAUUAAAAAAAUUACUUUGGAGCAAUUGUAAUUUGGACCAUAAAAAUUACUUCUCUUGUGAGUUGUGAUGAAACCGCUUGGAAUCUGAUCAGAAAAGGGAUGGUAUCAUCAGCUCGGUUUUAGAUUAUAUAGCUUCAUUUGCAAGUGUUUUGUAUUUGAAGUAGAAAAAGCUGAUUCUUAUCUACAUAGUUUAAUGUACAAAUUGUUCCUUGAAUAUAUCAUUUUUCAUUUUGAUACUC